AUCAAUCUCAGCCUUCGUGAUUUCGGUCUUAGUUUCUACCAACUGAGAAUCUAGAAACACUUGAAUCAACAUUCCACGCAGUUACAGGUAAAUUUCUAAUGGAUUCGACAAACGUAAACGAACAAGUUCCCGUGCAGAAUGGAAGCUAUCAGACACAGCCGGAAGAAACCCAAAAUUCGAUCUUUGAUUCCCACCAGAAAACUGAUAGUUACAAACAGUCGCUAUCCUCAUCCUCCUCAACAUCUUUUGUCGCAGAAAAAGCUUCCGUUUUCAAUGUAUAUACAGGGGAUUCGUCUUUGGAUUCAACUAAGCAGAAGCCAAGUGACGACAGUGGAACACCAUCGAUUUCUUGUCCAACGAAAACAAGUGAUGAAGUUAAGAAAAUGUCGACGCGUCAAUACGCAACCGUUAUAAUCCUUUGCUAUGUCAAUCUAUUGAAGUACAUUGAUAGGUUCACUAUUGCGGGUAUUUUACCGGAGGUCCAAUGCGCUUUCGGAAUCAGCGAUGCUCAAGGUGGUUUACUCUCAACUGCCUUCAUUGCUUCCUGCAUGAUAUUUUUUCCUAUUUUCGGCUACCUGAGUGACAGAUUCUCCCGCAGGAUCAUCAUGGGAGUCGGUAUCACUCUUUGGGGUGUUUCAAAUGUGGCUGGAUCGUUCUCCGGAACCUACGUUCUCCUCUUAACGUCGAGGAUUUUGGUAGGCAUCGGUGAAUUGAUGUUCUCCACCGUGUCGCCGACUAUCAUUUUAGAUGUGGGCAAAGGCGAUGUCCGGUCCAAGUUUCUCAUCAUCCUUUACUAUAGCGCCGUACCAGUCGGAAGUGGUCUAGGGUUUAUCGUUGGUGCAGAGAUGGCUAGUGCUUUCGGUUCUUGGCAAUGGGGUCUUCGAGUCACACCUGUUUUGGGUUUCGUAGCCGUUUUGCUCAUCGUUUUUGUUGUGCAAGAGCCACCCAGAGGAGAAGCCGAGGGAUCCAGGCUAUCCUCAACUUCUGGCUUCUGUGACGAUCUCAAAUACCUGAGAAAGAACAAAACCUACAUAUUUGCAACAUUUGGUAAGACUCUAACAUCAUUCGUCGCCGGAGCUAUGGCCUGGUGGGGUCCAAAAUUUAUUGCGCUAGGACAAGCCACAACGAAAGGCGAAGAUGUUUCAUAUGCCAAACCAGUUUCUUCAAUCGUCUGCGCUAAGGCAGCUCUGGCUGGAAUAAUUGGCGUCACCACAGGAUCGCUGCUCGGCCAAAAGCUAAGGAAAUGUUAUCCAAAUGCCGAUCCUAAAGUUUGCGGUUACAGCAUGUUAAUAGCUGCUCUAUUGUUCUGUUCCGGUUAUUAUGUUGCUACCGGCCCUCCUAUUCUAACAUAUGUCAUCCUUUUCUUCGCCCAAUGGCUCCUCAACGUCAACUGGUAGGUACACGUAUAAUCAAAUUAUUCAUUACCUUCUUAUGUUGUUAUCCCAACAAGACGUGCCACGGCGGCAGGAUUCUUUAUCUUCAUUUAUCAUGCCUUUGGAGAUGCCUUAUCUCCAUACAUAAUCGGUCUGGUAUCUGACAGCUUCAAAGCAUCACUUACUAAUGCGUCAGAAACAAAGAUGCCAUCGUAUGAUUACUAUGGCGAUGCGAUGAUGUUGAACGAAUCCUCCGUUAGCAACAACUGCUCCGGUUCAUCGUUCAUCGAUCCCGAGACGGUCGACAUAGACUUUCUCUCUUUGCGGAAUACGUUUUUUAUUGGGACAAUCAUUGCAGGAGAACUUAGCGCAGUUUUCUUCUUUGCCAGCGCAAAGUAUUUUGUAAAGGACAAAGCCUUAGUUGACAAGGCAGUGACAGAAAACAACGAAAUGGAGCAACUGGAAAUGACCGAACAGCAAACGAAGUUUACAGCAGCUAAACCCGAAGUGCCUCAAAUGAAUUUGUCGACAGCAUUCCAAGAAGAUGCUUGUGAUGUACUUGCACGCGAGACGUGAAAAUUCUUAAACGGAAUAUGUUACAUGUAUUAAUUAAGGUGUAUCGAUUUGGGCUUUACAACAAAUAAUAGCAUGAUUAAAUGGAUUUGUAUCGUCA